ACGGAGGGCCGCGUCGCUCCGCUUCGCCCGGACCCGCUCGCGGUUCCGCCCCCGAGUCCGCGUCCCCGCGCGGCCGUCCUGAGGCGACUCCCGGGGCGAUGGCGGCGCGGGGGUCCCGGCCCGCGGUCCUCCGCCUCCUGCUGCUCUUCCCGCUGGUCGCCGGGCGCCGGGGUCCUGCCGGCGCGGGGGGCGGCGCGCCCGGAGGACUGGCUGAACCGUUCUUUGUGGCCAGACAUGAAGACAGCCUGUUUAAGGAUCUAUUUCAAGACUACGAGAGAUGGGUCCGUCCCGUGGAGCGCCUCAACGACAAGAUCAGAAUAAAGUUUGGCCUCGCCAUCUCUCAGUUAGUGGAUGUGGAUGAGAAAAACCAGCUAAUGACCACGAAUGUCUGGUUGAAGCAGGAGUGGAGAGACGUGAAGCUCCAGUGGAACCCCGAGGACUACGGGGGGAUCAGAGCGAUCCGGGUCCCGUCAGACUCGCUCUGGACCCCAGACAUCGUCCUGUUUGAUAAUGCCGACGGGCGGUUCGAAGGGGCCCGCACGAAGGCCGUGGUCAGGUUCGACGGCACGGUCGCCUGGACGCCCCCGGCCAACUACAAAAGCUCCUGCACCAUCGACGUCACGUUCUUCCCCUUCGACCUCCAGAACUGCUCCAUGAAGUUCGGCUCCUGGACGUACGACGGCUCCCAGGUGGACCUCCUGCUGGAGGGCCGGGACGUGGACAGGAGGGACUUCUUCGACAACGGCGAGUGGGAGAUCGUGAGCGCGACGGGGAGCCGGGGCAACCGGACGGACGGCCGCCGCUGGUACCCGCACGUCACCUACGCCUUCGUCCUCCGGCGCCUGCCCCUCUUCUACACCCUGUUCCUGAUCGUGCCCUGCAUCGGGCUCUCGCUCCUCACGGCGCUGGUCUUCUACCUCCCGUCCCACGAGGGCGAGAAGAUCUCGCUCUGCACCUCGGUGCUCGUGUCCCUGACCGUGUUCCUGCUGGUCAUUGAGGAGAUCAUCCCCUCGUCCUCCAAGGUCAUCCCCCUCAUCGGCGAGUACCUGGUGUUCACCAUGAUCUUCGUGACGCUGUCCAUCACCGUCACCGUCUUCGCCAUCAACAUCCACCACCGCGCGCCCUCCACGCACCACGCCAUGGCGCCGUGGGUCCGCCGCGUGUUCCUGCACAGGCUCCCCAGGCUGCUGUGCAUGCGGGGCCACGCCGACAGGUACUCCGCCCAGAGGGAGGAGGCCGGGGGCCGCGGGGGACCGAGCCCCCCCCGGGACCCGCUGGGAGCCGCGCUCGACGCCAUCCGCUACAUCGCGAGGCACACCGUGAAGGAGAACGCCGUCCGAGAGGUGGUUGAAGAUUGGAAGUUCAUAGCCCAGGUCCUCGACCGGCUCUUCCUCUGGACGUUUCUUCUGGUCUCGGUGGUCGGCUCCCUGGGGCUCUUCGCUCCUGUUAUUUAUAAAUGGGCAACUGUGCUCGCGCCAGUUCACAUCGGAACGGCAGACACGUGACGCGUCCCUAGGGCGGUAG